AGUGAGGAACGAGAAAGAGAGAAUGUGUGUAUGCGUGUGAAUUCUUAUAUAUGUGUGUGACUUAAAGAGAAUGCCAGAUUUACCGGGCACUUGAAUUCUUACAAUAUUUCACGCAUACAUUGUAUCGGGUUACAUCGAAAAAUUUCACGGUUGAGGUGUCAAUUAACAAUCGACGCUGUCGCCCAGUGAAGAUCUUUAUCAAACGUGACACAUGACACAAUUUAUCUAUUCAACAAUUCAUAUGUGUCCAGCAAAAUGCCGUUUUCCUCUAAUUGGAUAACAUUUGGCAUUGACGAAACGUAAAAAAGAGACAACAACGGGUAUUAAUGAUAUUAGAUAGUAAAAAUGUAGAAUAUGAAAUAAUUGAUAUAACAGAACCAGGAAAAGAAAUGGAAAAGGAGUUUAUGCAAGCUAAUAGUAUUGCAAGAGAUAGUAAAUAUCCAUUACCUCCACAAAUAUUUAAUGAAGAUGAAUAUUGCGGGGAUUAUGAAGAUUUUGAUUUGGCAAAUGAAAUAGAUGAAUUGGAAGAAUUUUUGAAAGUAGCACCACCUGUUAGUGCAAAGGAAACUGUUCUUGAUUCAAAUGAAAGUAAAGAAAUUCAAGAAAAUGGAAAUACUACAAGUCGAGAGCCCUCCACAGACAAAGAAGCAGCUGCAGUACAAGCAGGAAGUGUUGAAGACAGGACAAUUCCACCAAGUGAAAAUAUACAGUUAGAUGAACCUCAAACUAUAGAACAUGAUGAUGGAACAAAAGCUGAAGAAGAAACUGCAGAAUAUACGGAAGAAAAUGUUGAAAAAAAUGAAGAAAAAUCUAAUGAUCAAGAGAAGGAAGAGUAAAUGUGAAAUAAACCCAUAUGGUUGUGGGACAUUUUAUAUUUCUUUGACAUCCUUGGUUUUUCACCAAUAAGGAAUGGUAUAUCCACGGGCA